GUUGAUUCCGCACCAAAUUUAUGCUCUCUCUCCCGUUGCAGGUGAGUCCAUCCAUUUUUCACUGCAAACCCUUUGUUUCUUUCUCUAUCUUGAUAAAAAUGAGCUGUUUUACGUUUAUUUUCGGUCUUGGUAGUUUAGUUUAUUGUUGCUGAUCAACAUGUUGAGUUUCUGAACAAUGAGAAGCUUCACUUAGUCCUCAACUGCAUACAAUACAAUGCCCUAUAGAUAUAUAGGUAUGGUAUUCUCAACAUAAUUUUCACUUGCCUUUCUUAUUUUCCUCUUCUUUCUUGGAUGAAACACCAUCUUGACCAAACUGAAAGAAAAAUAAUAAGCAAGUCUCGAUCAUAUUGACUGGACCUGUUUCUUUUUCCUGAAAGUGGAGUAAUUGGUAAAAUGCUAGGAGGUCGUGUACCUGAAAAUGCCAAUAUCUUACCUCUCUGGACGAUAAUUUUUGCCUCAUCGAUCUGUGUCAUCUUUAAAAUAAAACUAAAGACAAAAAUUGAAAUACGCACAUACAUAUCACGGUAGCACUUAAGUUGUUACUGUCCUUGACUAAAGUUCUCUCACAACAAAAUAUAGAACAAUACAUGACAUUUUAGUCUAUGGUUUAAUUUGAUAACGCCGAUAAAAAUUUGAUUAUUCGUCGUGUUGAUAAAGUCAGAAAGCACCUGCUCAGAAGAUCUUCUAACCUCAAAGGAUUCUAGCAAUGGAAGUUAAUGUAGAGAAGGCACCUGAAAGGUAUGCAGUGGUUACGGGAGCAAACAAGGGAAUUGGCUUUGAGAUUGUCAAGCAGCUUGCAAUUUCAGGAGUGACGGUGAUCUUAACAGCGAGAAACGAGGAGAGGGGAAUGGAAGCAAUAUCCUUGCUGAAUAAACAAGGUUUUCCAACUAUUGUUUUCCAUCAGCUUGAUGUUCAAGAUGCUCAGAGCAUUGAGUCCUUGGCAAAGUUCAUACAAACACAAUAUGGGAGGCUUGAUAUUCUGGUAAAUAAUGCUGGACGUGGUGGAGUUGUAGUUGAUGAAGAUGUCCUAAGGACCUUGAACAUAGAUCCUGUAGACUUGUUUGCAGGAAAAGCUGGCAAUCUGUUUCAAGUUGUGACCAAACUAACCUAUGAGAGUGCCAAAUUAUGCUUUGAUACUAAUUACUACGGUGUUAAGAAUGUUACUGAAGCUCUUCUUCCGCUGCUACAAAAUUCCCCUUUAGCAAGAAUUGUUAAUGUCUCCUCCCGUAGAGGUGCAUUAAAGCUAGUUCCAAAUGAAGAGAGGAGAAAGGAGCUUGGAGAUAUUGAAAACCUGACAGAAGAUAAAAUUUAUAAGAUUCUGCAGAAAUUUUUGGAUGAUUUGGAACAAGAUGCUCUUGAAAUGAACGGGUGGCAGAUGAUCGCACCAGCAUAUAGCAUAUCAAAAGCCACUCUUAAUGCUUACACCAGACUUCUCGUUAGAAGGUAUCCUAAAAUGUGUAUCAAUUGUGUCCAUCCUGGAUUUGUCAAUACGGAUUUAACCUGGCACGCUGGGACCAUGACUGUUGAAGAAGGAGCUGAAGGCCCUGUUAUGCUAGCUCUUUUGCCAGAUGGAGGGCCUAAUGGUUGCUACUUUGAUCGUACAACAAUGGCCGAGUUUUAGAUCCUGUCAUGAAAAAAGGUUUUGUGAAGGACAACUAUUUCUCAAGUAUCUCUUGGUAUUUAGUUGGAUUUCCAGAUUGGUGGCCUGCAAUAUUUACACAGUGCUGGGAUGGUGUCUUGUGAUUGUAUUAGUAGUUAACAUAAUGAGGGAAGGAAAGAAUAAAAUUAGUCUGUUUAUGUGUUCAUAUUACCACUCUUAACAUCAUCAACGUGCUGAUUUAAUUGUCGCAA